UUACUUUCCCAACAUGAACUUUUCAUUCAAAAGUAAAUGAAUAAAUAGAAUACAGGUUUGAUCACAAUACAAGAAUUUCAAACACUCAGAUAAACGUUUAACUCAAUUUUGUUUAAAGAGAGAAUUACCCAGGCCUUCCGACAUACACAAACCCGAUAAAUCAAAUAUAAUCGUCCCUGUGGUAAUUCAACAGCCACUGUGAUCAAUCACCAAAAUGGCGACGCAGGGGAUGGGCGGAAUCCCAUGUAUUGACAUCAUAUUAAAGAAGAUUCCUGGGACCGGCCUGGGUUUUAGCAUCGCUGGAGGGAUAGAUCAGGACAAAAGUAAAAACCCUUUCAUCCCAGGCGAUGAGGGAAUCUUUGUGAGCGUCGUGAGGCCCGGAACUCCAGCGGAAUUGUCGGGAUUGGUCGUAGGGGACAAGAUUCUGGAGGUCAACGGCCUAGACUUGACCAUGUCCACCCACAGCCACGCCAUCAAGCUCCUUACCAAAGAGAAGUUCACAGUGCUCAAGAUGAAGGUGCAUCGCCGGGGCAUCUAGGACUGGGGACAACUCUAGCCCACGUCACCGACUAAGCAGGGAGUAGGUUUCUGCUCAGCAGAAUGUAGAUGUUCCUGGUAAGCGUGACAGGAAUCGUCUUGUAGAUCUUAGUAAUGUCCUUUUUUGGACAUAAAGGGAUGUUUGAAUUUGCAGAUAAAGAGUUAUAACCAGAAGCCCUUUCUCCCCCUGCCCAAACCCCUGCCUUAACCCCUGCCUUGGCCUAGCUGCAACCCCCAUCUCCCCCCCCCCUCCCAACCCACGCAGACAUACAU